UUCCCAUUGAUUAUUGGGCUAAAUCUUUCCCAACGAGACGAUUGAAUGCCCGAAAAGUGAAAACCACAUUGAGGAAGAAUGGAGAAGCCAUCGUUGACUAAAGAUUCCCUCUCAUAUCUCGCCGGCUUCCUGGGGAACGUCGGAGUUACAGAGAAAAUUCCACCGGAGUUCGAUUCCAAAGGAUUCUGUUCCGACUUCUUUCGUAGUAUAAUCAAAAUCAAUCGCAUCGAACGCGGCCGAAUCUCGUCUUCUCUCUCCGUCAAAGCCUGUCUAGCUAAUAAGUAUGGCGGUUUGCACGGUGGUUCAUUUGCAUCUGUGGCAGAGACGAUGGCAACCGAUUGUGCUAGAACUGUUUUGGGAGAUGAUGAUGAUAAAGAUGUUUUCCUUGGGGAAUUGAGCAUCUCUUAUCUCUCUGCUGCUCCCAUUGAUUCUGAUUUGAUCGUGGAAGCUUCUGUAGUGAAGAGUGGAAGAAACUUAACAGUGAUUCUAGUCGAGUUCAAACUCAAGAACUCGGGAAAGUUGAGUUGUCUUUCUCGUGCUACAUUCUACAACAUGCCUCUCGCCAAGUUGUGAGUUGCAGGUCAUCUAAUGUCAAAGAGAAAUGGAAGCAUUAAAGAUUAAAGGAGGAGAAGAAGGAUGAGUCUUCAUCUGUUAAUUCAUAUGAUGAUGGAAUGAUUGUUGACAUAAUUUAUACUUCUUUUUCUUAUGUGGUAUAAAUCAUUUUGUCACACAAAUAGUGUAUCUUUAGUUCUAAUUUUAAAUCAUUUAUCACUUGA